AUGAGCGGAUUGAUUCACUGUGAAUUUAAACAUAUACCAUCGAAGAAAGCUGCUGAACAACUUGCUUCCAAUAUCGAAACUUUUGUAUGUCCAAACACAUUUGAUAAGAGAGGUAUAAGGAAUUGUGGAGAAAAUGGAAAUGAUAGUAUUAAGUUUACAUUGACACGUGAGGAGGCUAAUAAAGUUCGUGAUCAACUUGCACAUGUAUUAUCAAAUGAAAACUCACCUGUUUGGUUUAAUAUUCUCUCGAAUCCUCUUGAUUUACUUAUGCGACGUUCAUUAGCAACAACUUCGGCUGAUAUUUACCAGCAAGGAACAACAUUUUAUGCAUCAUGUUUAUUUGGUUCACUUCGAUCAUAUAGUCAAUUUUAUUCACAUAAUUCAUUCGAUAAUAAAAUUGUUAAACUUUCAUUUAUACCAUCAAGAUCAAUACCAGAUACUCUAUAUAUUGAAUUUGAAGAUAUACGUAUUGUUAUUCCAUUUGUUUCAAUCCAAAGAAAGAAUAUUUUAGUUAAUAAAGACAAUGCAGAAAAUGGAAUUUAUGUUUUACUUCCACUUAAAUAUGCGCCAAAUGUUUAUCGACUGGAACCAAUCAAAGGUGGAGAUAAAAGUGGUAAAAAUCUAAAUACUAAAUCAGUUAGAAUAUGUGCUGAUCAACAGAAUGUUGAGUUUGUUACAGAUAUUGGACAAUGUUCAGAUUUGGUUUUAUAUUUUAUACCACCAAAAGAAAGCGUUUGGAUGUUUCUUUCUUAUUUUUUAAUCGAUCACCCUGAACGAUAUCAUAUUAAUUUUUCUACUUUCAAAAUAUCGAAUUGGUCAACAAAAAAAAAUCAAAAUCAAACACCUGAUCCAUUUAAUUAUAGAAAUGCAUCAUUUCAAGAUCGGUAUGCUCUACAGAUGCUUAUGUCACUUGGAUUUUUAUUUCAAGAUAAAUGGGCACAAUUAACUGAUCAAGAAUUAAAUUGGAAUAAAUGGAAUAUCGAUGAACGUUAUACUCUAUGUUGUUAUGUAGUUGAACAAUUAUGUAACGAUCAUGGAUAUGAUUUAAGACGAACUGAAAAAGAUUAUAAUGAAACAAGAAAAAGAAUAGAUAGUAAUAUGGACGAACAGGCAGUAUUGGUUGGAAACAAACAACGACUUAAAGUUGCCUUUUGUACAUUAGCACCAUUAAAUAUUAUCUUUCACCCACUUGAAGUUACAACCGGAAGUCGAGCUUUAAGAAAUCCUCAAUUUGGUGGCCCAGAACGAUUUCUUCUUGUGCAUUUCCGUGACGAAGAUAAUCGACGAUUACAUGUUUCCAGUUCAAGUAUUAAGCAUAGAUUAAAAAAUGCAAUGCUCAAUGGAAUUGAAUUAUUGAAUAGAACUUUUAAAUAUAUGGGUGCAAGCACAGGUCAAAUGAAAGAAAUGUGCUUUUGGUUUAUUGAUUUACCUCCGAAUUUAAAAACUAUGAAAGACGCACAUGAUUUACUAGGAAAUUUUGAUAAAAUAAAAAAUAUUUCUACAUAUAUUGCUCGUGUUGGUCAAUACUUUUCUACCACAUGGCCGAUAGGUAUUACGUUGGUUAAAGUAGCAAACAAAAGUAAUAUACGUUCAAAUGAUACAGCAUAUUAUGUUUAUGAAGAGAACGAUAUUAAGAGAAACGAUGCCAAAGGAAUUGAAUAUUGUUUUACGGAUGGUAUUGGUAAAAUAUCAUGGGGUUUAGCUGGACGUGUAGCUCAACAAAUGCAUAUUCCUUUAUACAGCAAAGAAGAUAUUCCAUCCGCAUAUCAAAUACGCGUCGCUGGUUGUAAAGGUAUCGUGGCUAUUGAUCCAAAUUCAACACUGAAUGACUAUUAUAUUUCUGUACGUGACUCAAUGAUGAAAUUUCCAAGUGAUGAUUGGAAUUUGGAAAUAUGUGAAUUUGCUCGACCAAUGACAUUAACAUUGAACAAUCAAGUAAUUCGCCUUCUAAGUGAUUUGGGAAAUUCUGAUGAUGUAUUUAUUGCUUUUCAAAAUCGGGGAUUUACUCAAUGGGAAGUUCCUGACGAUCAACAACCGCGUGCAAUCGAUAUUGCAGUACAGAAAAAUGCUUCUUAUUCAUUAUCAAAAGAUAAUUUAAUUACAAAUCGAAUACCUAUUCCGCCAGAAGAUGGUCGAAAUUUAUUUGGUGUAGCAGACGAAACUGGCGAACUGAAAUAUGGUGAAUGCUUCAUACAAUGUUCAUCAUUAAAUGCAGCAAACAAUGGUCAACGAAAAUUUCGUGUGAUUACUGGCCCGAUUCUCGUUACAAAAAAUCCAUGUCUAUGGCCCGGUGAUUUUCGUCAAUUGCAAGCUGUUCGUAAUCGUAAACUAGAAGAAUGUAUGCGUGAUGUCAUUGUAUUUCCAAUCAAUGGCCAUCGCCCACAUCCAAAUGAAAUAGCUGGUUCCGAUUUAGAUGGUGAUAAAUAUUGGGUUUAUUGGGGUGAUCAUUUAAGAAUAGAACGGAAUGUUGAACCUUUAUCAUAUGAAGCAGCAAAAAAAACAGAAGUAUCAUUAAUUAAUCAGCAAAUCAUUGUUAAUCAUAUUGUUGAAUCAUUUGAGGCUGGAGUCAUUCUAGGCAUGAUCGCAAAUACUCAUACUGUUGUUGCAGAUAAACACGAAAAACAUUCGUUCUCUGAACCUUGUAAAAAAUUAGCUGAAUUAUUUGCUCUUGCGGUUGAUUCACCUAAAACUGGAAAAUUUGUUGCUAUAGCAGAAAUCCGACCAUUUCAAGCGAAAUAUUAUGAAAGUUGGCCAGAAUUUAUGAGAAAAACUGGUAAACCAACGUGUAACUCAAAUAGUAUCUUACAAAAACUUUUCUCAAAAGCUGUAGAAAGAUAUUAUCAAUGGCAUGAAAAGCCAAAAAUUAAUCCAUCUCCACAAAAAAUAAGAGGUAUUAACGAUGCAACAACAAUGGAAAUUCGAGAUGAAGCAUUCAAAAAUUGGCUUGAUAGAAACAGUUAUAAAGAAGCUAUGGAUCGAAAGAAGGUUCAGGAAAAAUCAGUUAAAGAGGCUGAUAAUAAUGAAUCACUAGAUAAUAGUCUACUACCUAUAUCGAAAAAAACUACUAAACGUUCUACAACAGCAACAACUGAUAACUCACAAUCGGAAACGAAAACACUCAAUAAUAGAUUAUCGAAAGAUACAUCAAAUCGACUAGAAAUACCAGUAAAACCAAAACUUGCAACAAAUCAAAAAACAAAAGACAUUGCUGAACACCAAUGCGGAGACAAACUGGGUAUACACAUACAUACAUCUCAACAUGCUGAAGCAUCAAAACAAAUAGAUAUCACGUCUUCAACACCGUCCGUUAAGCGAAAAGUUUUACCUCAAUCUGCAAAGGAACCAAUACAAGAGAUAAUUGAAUUGAAUGGUGCUCAGUGUAAUUUUCUUGAAUUUUUUGGCGACAAAAUUCUCAGUACUAUUCGCAACAAACCAGGUAUUAAGGAUGUGAAAAUCAAAGAUGGUAAACUUCACUUGAUAGGUGAUAGUUUAGUAAUUUCAAAUACGGAAUAUUAUCUAAAAGAAACACUUCAUGAGCAAUAUGUGACGAUCCCCUGUAAUAUGAAGAAAUAUUUACAGACAAAAUGCCAACGACCUUUAUUGAAGCGUUUUUCACAGAAAUAUUCUGUGGGAAUUUCUUUUCGUCAAACAUCAACAAACACUUCUGUAGAUACGAUUCGUGUUUAUAAUCAAAACGAUAAUGAUCGCGACGAAAAUCACUCCGAAGACAACGAUGAUGAUGAUGAUGAUGAUGAUGCCGCAAGUGAAAGUUCGAAUGCCUCAUCAAGUACAACAACUAAACCUGACAAUUUUAGGCCCAAUGGUAUUUGCGCUCGCAAAUUUAAACAAGUGACAUUAUGUAGUGAUUCAAAAGAGUUAUUAUCCAAAGCUACAAAAGAAUUAAAAAAUUAUUCUUUAAACAGACAAGCAUGGGCAUUGUCACAAGAUGAAAUUACUUGGAUUUUAAGUCAAUCACGAAAUGAGAAACCUUCUCCUCAAAAGUAUAAUCCAAUUCGUGAACAAUGUUUUCGAAUUAAAAACUAUCUCACUAGUCUUACUCAGUCUGAUACAAAUUCUAUCGUACGAAUUUUUAUAAAUUAUACAAAUGGUGUAUGGCAUGUCAACGUAACAGGAUUUCAAAAUCACGUCAAAAAUGCUGUGCCGAAAAUAAAAAACUGGCUAGAUGAUAAUGUUAAGGCUGAAAUACAACUUCCUAUAUCAAAAGUAAUGGCAAUUUUCCUUCGAACAAAAGCUUCAUCGGAUAUUAAAAAACUAGAAAAAACUCAUUGUAUAAAGAUAACAAUUCCAUUUUCAUCGUCUUCUCGUAAACAUAAAGAUGAUCAACAAGAUGAUAGUGAUCAUGGUUAUUUAAAACUAACUGGUUCUACCUCACGCAUUAGUCUUGCUCAAACACAUGUUGAAGAUUUUCUUGAAAAUUUAUUUGAAAAACAAAAACAUUUUCCUUGUCAGACUUGGGAUGUUUCAAGGAACAUUUGUUCUAUUAUUUGUAUGCGUCUACAAAAAUUUCAAGAUUCACCUGAUUGUGAAGCAAUAGGGUGGAUCAAAACCUAUGCAACAGUCGAAAGAAGAGAAACAACAUCAAAAAUUACUAUAUCAAUAGUUGGUUUCAAUGAAUUAGCAGUUGAUGAUGUCGUUGAACAAUGCCAGGAUAUUGUUGAAGGAUAUACGAUUUGGAAACCAUCUGGAGAAGAUUACCGAGCAAUGGUUAACGCAUUACUCGUAAAAAAAAUACCGUCACUCGAUGAAUUUUGUCGACAAUGGGAUGCUGAAAUACGAUUGGAUCGAGAUACGAGCACAGUUACUAUUCCUGCACAGUCAAAAAUGAUUGCAGAAGAAAUUAAAGAAGCACUGUUAAGUUUGAGAGAAGAAAAGAAAAUUCAAGUGGAACGUAUUUCGGAAUUCAUUCGUAUUCCAUUAAAUAUUCGUCGAUUUUUCAAUCAAAACAUCGGUUCUUUACUCGACGAAGCAAAAUGUCAAAAAAUUUUUCUCGAAUUGAAAAAUCCUCAUGGGUUAACACUACAUGGUCCUUCUGAAAUCAUCAUUGAAUUCAAACAAAAGAUCAAUCUUAUUAUUAAUAAUAUUCAAAGAAAGAUCACUACAUAUCGUAUACAAUUAUCAUCGAUCGAAUCAGAUUUUAUGCGAACUAAUGCCUAUGAACCAAUAAAACGUAUUGAACGUGAAACAAAUACUAUUAUUCGAGAUGUUAACGCUGAUAAGACUCAUUCUUCAUCCAACAAGAGUGAUGAUGAUACGAACCCGACUAUCACAAUCAUGGUAAAUAAUCGUGGUCAAACUAUUGCCGUAGAGAAAGGUGAUAUUACAAAGGCACGAAACGUUGAUGCUAUUUUAAAUGCAGCAAAUGGAUCAUUGCGUCAUGCAGGUGGUGUAGAUAAAGCGAUUGCUAAUGCUGCUGGUUCAGCAUUAGAUGAAGAAUGUAAACAAAUAAUUACUGAAAAUAAUGGCUUACCUAUUCCUGCAGGUAAAGCAGUGAAGACAACAGCUGGUCGUCUUCCUUUUAAAUGUAUUAUUCAUGCGAUUGGUCCUCAGUACAUGGAUGGAAAUCAACAAGAACGUUCAUUAUUAUUUUCUUGUAUCUUAGAAUGUUUGAAACUUGCUGAAAAUGAAGGUUGUACAAGUGUUGCUUUACCAGCAAUCAGUGAUAAAACCUAUGGUUUUCCAUUGGCUGAUUGUACGAAUAUUGUGGUGCGUGCAAUAAAACAAUUCUUUGCUGAUUAUCCACAAUCAAAGAUGAAAAAAGUUAUUUUACUAGAUAUGGAUGAUACAGCAUGUAAUUCAAUUGCACGUGAAGUUUCGAUUGAUCAUAAUAAUGCAGUUUUAGACAAUGAUGAUGCUAUUGUAGACUGUGAAUUACCUCCGUUAACGGCUGAAUGGUGUUGGCAAGAUGACAAUUAUGAACAAAUAUAUAAUGAUGAUGAUAUAUGUCAAAUCGAAAAUACAUUUCAAGAAUAUUUAAAAAAUUCUAGUUCAUCAGAAUUGACAAUUUCUGUUGAUAAUUUAGCGAGUGGUACUAUUAUUGAUUAUAACAUCCAUUUUUUUCCUGAUGUAAAGACAUUAAUAGCAAACAAUCCUAAUACACUCAAUUCUCGACUCGUAUGCGGAUUUCAAAUGAGAAAGGAUACUCGCUUUAGAAGAGAUCUUAUUCGCUAUCCAUUAGUAGUAGUGCAACAGCAACGACAAAACAAAACAAAACCUGUUUCUUAUCGUCCAAAACCAUUGGAUUCAUAUGAUCCACAAAUAACUAUUGCCAGAGAGAGUUGGGAUAUUACUGGUAUCACCAAGGCAACACUUGAACAAGCACAGAAAGCGAUUAGAUCAGCCAUCGAUUCAGCGACGAUUUCAGAAUCUUUCUCUAUAAAUUUAGACCAAAAUCUGGAUGAUCAUAGGAUGGUACUCAGUCAAAUUGUAGCUCAACAGCAUAUUAAAAUUGAUUUUCAACAAGAAUCCUCAGGACAACUAUCAAUGACAUUAAAAGGUUUCAAAACAAGUGUAUUAGAUGCAAAAUCACAAAUUGAUUUAUAUGCUGAAGAUAUUUUGAAAACACAAGUAGAAAAUGAUGAUGAAUUGCGCAUACCGAAAGCAUGGGGUGACCAAAAAGAAGGAUGCAAUUUAGUGCCUAUUUCUAAAAAUGAUCCUGAUUUUGCUAGUAUUGAAAAUCGUAUGAAAGAAACUCUGCCUAAUAUAAAAAUUGAUAAAAUCGAACGAAUACAAAAUGUACGUUUAUGGAAUCAUUACGCAUUUCGUCGUCGAGUACUUAAAAAAGAAUUACGUGUUAUGUCUAAUUCACAAAUUGAAUUGGAACUAUUUCAUGGAACAAGAAAUACACCAACUAGUACAGUUUACAAUGGCGAGUAUGGUCUUGAUAUGACGUUUAGCUCCGAUGGAUUGUGGGGAAUUGGUAUCUAUUUUGCAAAAAACGCAUCAUAUUCUUGUGGAAGCUAUGCUUAUACUUUACCAAAUGGGAAAAAGCAAGUGUUUCUUGCUCAAGUUCUAACAGGAGAUGUAUAUGAUUGCAAAAGUGAUACAUCUUUACGUCGACCUCCAAAGAAAAAUGAGAAAGCUUCAACUUUACGAUAUAAUAGUGUGUCAGGUGACACAGGAGGUAGUAAAGUUUAUAUUGUCUAUGAAAAUCGUGUGGUUUAUCCAACUUAUUUAAUUACUUUUAUUCCAUAA